AUGGAUGGACUACUGAUUAACUCGGAGGACAAAAUAACCUCGUCUAUAAAUCAACUCCUCGAAAAGCACGGAAGACCACCCUUUACUAGAUCAAUUCGAGCCAGACUAAUGGGUGUCCCCGGUUCCACAAAUAGUGAUAUGUUCCAUGACUGGGCCAAAUUGCCCAUAUCUCGCGAGGAAUGGGCCCUCGAAUCGGCUAAACAAAUGCGACUAUAUUUCUCAAAUUGCAUGCCAAUGCCGGGUGCAGAGCAGCUUGUAUACAACCUUAGUCGUGCGCAUAGUGCAGCAUCCGGCGAGAGAAUAAAGCUGGCAUUAGCAACUGGUGCGAAACGACAAAGCUACGAAGUCAAGACCUCAAGACCAGAAACAAAGCGAUUGAUCGAUCUCUUCCCAACUAAACAUCGAAUUUUGGGAGACGAUUCGCGGAUACCGAAGGGCCGGGGAAAGCCAGCUCCUGAUAUAUACUUAGUCGCGUUACAGGCACUAAACUCGGCAGUGAGUUUCGGCGAGAGGGUCAUAUUACCCAGCGAAUGUUUGGUCUUCGAGGAUAGCUUGGUUGGGGUCGAGGCCGCUAGACGGGCUGGGAUGAGAGUUGUUUGGGUGCCGCACCCGGAUCUCUUUGCUGAGUAUCGAGACCAGCAAAAAGACUCUCUCAUUACUAGCACUGGAGACUUCCAGACAGGAGAUGAAUGGCAACCUGGAGAGAUGCCUAAUGACUGGGGGGAAACAAUUCAGACGUUGGAGCAUUUUGAUUAUGAGAGAUAUGCCAUCGAUUUGUCGGUUUGA